AGAGGCAGGGGGCGGGACCUGGCUGCCCAGUUUAAAGUGGGUCUGAAUCUUCACUUGAUGUCUAGUCUCUCUGUUCGGGUGCACACGGAUUGACCACUCCUCUGGGCUUUUCUCUUUUUUCCUUGGAUAUCUGGGGGGAAAACUAAUCCACAAACAUGACUGACGCGCAACAAGAGGCCCGCUCCUACCUGAGCGAGGAGAUGCUGGCUGAGUUCAAGGCAGCCUUCGACAUGUUUGACACCGACGGUGGCGGUGACAUCAGCACCAAGGAGUUGGGUCAAGUGAUGAGGAUGCUGGGCCAAAACCCGACAAGAGAGGAGUUGGAUGAGAUCAUCGAGGAGGUGGAUGAGGACGGUAGCGGCACCAUCGACUUCGAGGAGUUCUUGGUCAUGAUGGUGAGGCUGCUAAAGGAGGACCAGGCCGGCAAGAGCGAGGAAGAGUUGGCAGAGUGUUUCCGUGUGUUCGACAAGAACGGUGACGGCUACAUCGACAGAGAGGAGUUCUCCCUCAUCAUCCGCAGCACCGGCGAGCCCAUCUCAGAGGAUGAGAUUGAAGAGCUGAUGAAGGAUGGAGACAAGAACUCCGACGGCAUGCUGGACUUUGACGAAUUCCUCAAGAUGAUGGAGAAUGUGCAGUAAAACCACAAAGACUCAUGGACAUUCCUCCUCCUCCCUGUGAACCCCAUUCUGAACGCACCUGACCCCCCACUGACCCACUCAAACACUCCCUCCUCCCCCCUGUCCACCUGGUUCACUGCCUCUCUUCUCCAUCCGUACAGACAUCCUCAACAGACAGCUAGGGCACCCGGCGGGGGUCGCUGGGGGGUGGGGGGGGGGCUUCGCUCUUCCCCAGCUCGCUUGUGAUUGCAGACAGCCCGUGGAUGCUGCGCUGACGCUGUCCCCCGUGACAGGAAGGCAAGGCUGCUAUGGGAAACUCACUGCACACACCUUGUUGUGGUGUGCAUGUUGACAGCGACCCCCCCCCCCCCCACACCUCCUGCUGGUAAAGCUCUGAUCUAGAUGUAGAUCUAGAUAGCACUGCAGCCUGUUACCUGCUGCUUAGACCAACUCAUUCAACCACUUCACUGUACAAAGAAGUCAUUGGCUUGAAGAGAAUAAAUGAAUUAACACAUGCUCACUUGUAGUUGGUCUGUCAUAUUUAUGGUCUGUGUAAAAAGUUUGUUUUGAGGAAUAUCAAUAAAAUCUGUUUGUUUCUUC